AUGUCUCGAAAGCAGCGCAGGGCAAGAAACCUUCCAUGUGCAUUGGUUAAACUGGGCUCUGCAUGCCUUUACGGGAAAGUGGAUUACGUUAUGCUGAACGUGGAGCGUCCAGCCAACCAGACUCGACGAGAAAACAGCUGUGAAUCGAUCUUGAAUGGAACAGACGACGGUUUGAAAGAAGAACCAUCGCCAGCAUCUUUACUAAAUGAGGAGACUCCCAUCUGUGCUCGAUGCACACGGAAAAUUCAGGACAGAUUCUUAUUAAAGGUGAACGAUUUAACUUGGCAUAUAAAAUGUCUGGAGUGCUCCGUGUGCAGAACACCUUUACAUCAACACAAUAGCUGCUACAUCAAGAAUAAGGAGAUUUUCUGUAAGAUGGAUUAUAACAGUACCUUUGGUAUUAAAUGUGCUUGGUGUGGCCAUCAUGUCAGCUCCACUGACUGGGUCCGCAGGGCCAAAAACUACACAUAUCACCUGGCCUGCUUCGCCUGUUUCUCCUGCAAAAGACAGCUGUCGACGGGAGAGGAGUUUGGCUUAGUGGACAGCAGGGUUCUGUGCCGCAUACACUAUGGCAUUGUGGUGGAAAGUAUGGCAGCAGAGCAGGGUCUAGAAGGAGCUUUACCUUCAGACUACCUGUCGAAGCCUUCAAAAAGAGCCCGCACGUCCUUCACCCGAGAGCAGCUACAGGUCAUGCAGAUACAGUUCAGCCAGGAUAACAAUCCUGACGCUCAGACUCUGCAGAAACUGGCAGGCAUGACGGGACUGAGCCGAAGAGUUAUACAGGUUUGGUUUCAAAACUGCCGUGCAAGACACAAGAAGCACCCCGGCAUGACGCUGGAUGAUCUGCAUUACUCCCCGUUCAGUAAACCUGAGCCAGCUCUGCUUUCGGCCACGCCUCAGCACAUCAGCGAUCAGUUACUGUCUGGAGCUGCCCAGAGCUUGGCCAUGAUGGUACCUUUCAGUUUCCAGCAGGACAGCCCAUGCACUGGAGAAGCAACACAAAGGGAGCAACAUGAUUGAAUAAUAUACAUUGUCUACUCAAGUUUGAUGUUUUAAUGUCUGUGUAAAGAAGCCAAGAAUAAUCUUAAGGAACGUGUGUAUCAUAAGACAAAAGAGCAGCACAUUUUAAGAGGUUCACAUCCAGGGUUAGUGUGCCCCGAGAUAAAGAAGAGUGGCGAAGUGUUGGGGCAAUGCCCCUCCAGAGGUUUUUCAGAGCAACGCUCCAAACGGUGUGUGAUGAGAAACACACACACACGAUGGCUGCGUGAGCAACACCACCAAUUUAAGUAUUUUCUCCGUGAUUAAAUUACGAGAAACACUGUAUUAUCUUAGUUUAGAAGCCGAAAAUCGCCAAUCACAUGCUAAUGUCUCGGUAGCUAGCUAACUAACUUUCCCGUUCCACCUUAAAUAGUGCCAUUCGAAUACGAAGCUGAAGAAUAACUGACUUCAACUCCGUAUCACCAGAUAAUUAGCGGCGGGCCAUAAUAAAUAAUUUUCUUAUACCCCCUCUUUGAAAGCAUAUGAUGCCCUAAAUGUAACUACAGCAGUGAGGUUGCUGAAAUCCCCCUCUCUGCUAUCACUGAAGUGCGGAGCCCCUAAGGGCCUGUGGUUAAAAAAAAAGUUAAUGACAUUGCGUUCCCUUGCAAAUAAAAUACGUUCCCUCGCAAAUGAUUUGCGUUACGAUGCAAUGGUUUGUGUUCACUUGCAUAAGCUGUGCUUUACUUAAGCUCAGCCAUGAAGCAGCUCAUUGAAUCUGAUGUUGAUCUUGGGUUGAAAUAUAAAGACAUAGUGUCGCUUUUAAUGCUGUUAGUGUCGCAAACUGAAACAGAUCGAGGGCCCUACCGUACGAGGUACAUUUACUGAGACUGUAGAGAACAACUGCUGAAUAAACUCAGCACUGACUGGAGAAACUGGGGAAACAGCCUUUAACGCUAAAUAUGCAAAAAAAAACAAAGCACUAAUGCAGGCAAUGGUGCUGGGCACCCCUGGUCCUACGUCUGCUUGCUGUCUGACGAGCAUAUAUUUUGCGAGGGAAUGUAAAACUGAAGCUGGGCCUGGUCCUCCCCCCCCCGCUAGUAAUGAAUAUUGAAUUUUUAUUUUUUAUUUUUAAC